GUCCAACAUCAGCCCACGACAUCAGCCCACGCCUCUGCCAUUACCCCCGACCCUUUGCUUUCUGUUCCCGAGCAUUGAUUGUGAUUGAGAGAACUGUAGCCUAAAGUUACUUAGCGAAUUGUGCAACCUCUUGUGAUCUCGGGGGGCGUCCUAGCAGCACCUUUUCUAUUCACGUCAAACUGCCCUCGGACUGCUCAACCACAUCUGUUUUCUUCUCAUCUCAGCCCAAAGAUGGCCAUCGCACACGGUUUUGCCGAUAUCUGGCGCCGCAGCACUUCUCUCACCUCUCGCACCCUCACCAUCCUCGCCCUGACCAUCCCCAUCCCCCUCAUCUUCGUCCCGCGCCUCCUGGCAUCCUACCGCACCUACCUCUCCCUCGGCAAGGGCGGCGUUCCGCACAACUUCUUAGGCUACCUCGUCCAAGCCGCCUUGCGGCCCAUAGCUCGCACCGACCUCCGUGCCGAUCCGCCUCCUUACCACUCCUCCAUCGCCACCGUAGCAGAGCGAUACGCCCCGCACGGUCUGACCUCCUUCCUUCCUCCCUCGCUCCUUUCCUCUUCUUCUGAGGCCGGAAAGGAGGAGGAUAUUAGCCCUAGUACUGGCGUAGCCAUGCUCUCAAUCCGCCGGCCCCCGCGCCCGGAGGUGCCCUACUUUGUCGCGCCGCAGCGCCAGACCAGCCAGGCCGCGGCCGGGGAUGUGGUCUCGCGCAUGAUUUGGUUCCUGAGGGCGCUGGCGGAGCAGAACGCGGAGUUGUUGGAGAUUAGACCGUCGGGUUUGGAAGGGGUCGGGACCGACGCCAUCUUCCUCAAGGCGACGGCGACGGCGACGGCGCCGCCAAGGUACAUGGGCAUGGCCAAGGCCGAGAUUGUGCACGUCCACCCCGAGGGCAGCUCACACGUCACGCUGAGCUUGGUCGAUGCCGAGGCGGCGGUUAGGGCUGGCUGGGCGGAGAGGCAUCCGCUCACCGGGGUUCGUGAACUGUUGCCGUGGGGUUACGUCUUUCUCUACGCGCCACGGGACGAUGCUGAGUAUGAAGUUUGGAAAGGGUUGGUUGUGGCAGGUUGUAGCUUUGUCAGUGGCGGGAAGGAGAUAAAGGGGUCCGAUUCUAGCGCUUGAGGAUCCUUAUGUGCUACUAGUAUCAUGGAAUGGUUUCUGGUUGGAAGGACCGGUAUACUGAUAUCAUUUUGAUGCAGUGCCGACACUAGAAUAGCUCCUACCCGGUCGCUACGAGGGCUCAAACAUGGAACCCGUUCACGUAGCCGCCCCAACUCAUGUGCCCAUCAAGAGUUCAAUGCUCAAAAAUACAGUUACAUCUACUCC